UCCUGGAUCUGCGUUGCUGCCGCCGUUGCCGCCGCUGGAGCAGAAGCGGAGCCGGGUGGGGUGGAUUUUAGGGGUGGGGGUGGGCUGAUUCUCCCCAGCAAUAUGCCCCCCGGCCCCUUCUCUCUAUCCAGCCCUACCUCUGCUGCUCCCCCCUUGAUCUUCCCAACCUAGCAGCUGAAAGAAACCCAAGAAGGGGUGGGAGGGGAGAGAGGGAGCCCUCCAGCAUCAGCUUAAACCCCCACCCCUCUCCUCUCCGUGCACAAUCACUAACCCCCCACCCCAUCCCCACGCCUCCCCCCGGGGGGCGGCGGCUUUGCUUUUAUUUUAUUUUAUUUUAAUUUAAUUUUUUUUGCAAUGGCAUGAUAACCGAGUUGGCAGCGAGUUGCUGGGAAGGAGGAGCAGAAGAGGAAGAGGAGAGGGGGGGUGGAAAUAGAGGAGGGGGCGUUUGCUUUACAUUUCUUCUCCCCGGCUGUCCCCCCCCCCCCAAUCCCCCCUCCCCCCCAUCCUUCUUCUCUAACCCGGGUUUAGCCUCGCUGUUCUUUCUGGGACGAUCGCAGACAAGCAUGUGAAGGCUUGAGGACAGGUGGAAAGGGAGGAAGGGGGGGAAGAUUAGAGAGAGAGAGGGGGGAGAGAGAGGGAGGAGGAGGAGGAGUCCUCCUCCGCGGACCCCCCCUCCUUUCCCUUCCUUCGCCUUCCCCCUCCCCUCUCCUCAAAAGGCUUCGCAGAGUUUGGGGAGCCAGCCAUCCAACUGCAACGUAACCACAUUUCAGCCUCCGGGGCAGAUCUCCGGAAAGCGAGCCAAAGGGGUGCGAAGGGCACGCCGCAUGGAAGCCAUGACCCCCGCCUGCCUGCCUCUCGUCUUCCUACUGCUGCUGGAGAGGACAUCUCGCGCCCACUUCCCCGAAGAAUCGGGGCCCAUCAGCGUCGCUCUGGAGGACUACGUGAAACAAUAUGCGGUGUUCGUGGGCAACGGACUUGGCCGGUUCGCCAGCCAGGACGGCGGGACCGAGCGCCUCCAUAUUCAACGGAUGCUGACCAUCAACCGGACUCUGUUUAUCGGAGAGAGGGAUAAUUUAUACCGGAUCAGCUUGGAAUCUGCUACAGCCGGGGAGAUGCGGUACCAUCGGAAAAUGACCUGGCGAUCGAAUAAACAUGACAUCAACAUCUGCCACAUGAAGGGAAAACACGAAGCAGAAUGCCGGAAUUUUAUCAAAGUGCUACUCCUACGCAACGACAACGUGCUUUUUGUGUGCGGGACGAACGCCUUCAAUCCCGUUUGCUCCGAUUACAGUAUGGACUAUCUGGAACCUAUGGGGGACAAUAUCAGCGGCAUGGCCAGGUGCCCUUAUGAUCCCAAGCACGCUAACGUCGGCCUCUUUACAGGAGGGAUGCUGUUCACAGCCACUGUUACGGACUUCCUGGCCAUUGAUGCUGUGAUUUACCGCAGCCUGGGAGACAGCCCAACCCUGCGCACGGUGAAGCAUGACUCCAAGUGGUUUAAAGAACCCUACUUUGUCCAUGCUGUGGAGUGGAAGAACCAUGUCUACUUCUUCUUCAGAGAGAUCGCGAUGGAAUUCAACUACUUGGAGAAGAUGGUGGUUUCCAGGGUGGCCCGAGUUUGCAAGAACGACAUGGGGGGAUCUCAGCGGGUCUUGGAGAAACAGUGGACGUCCUUCCUCAAGGCUCGUCUGAAUUGCUCCGUCCCGGGGGACUCUCACUUCUACUUCAACGUCAUCCAGUCGGUCACGGACAUUUUGGAGAUCGAAGGGAGGCCAAUGGUGCUGGCCGUCUUCUCCACACCCACCAACAGCAUUCCUGGCUCAGCCGUCUGCGCGUACGACAUGGCCCAAAUUGCGUCCGUUUUCGAAGGCCGCUUCCGAGAACAAAAAUCUCCCGAAUCCAUUUGGACCCCGGUACCGGAAGAGCUGGUUCCCAAACCACGACCGGGUUGUUGUGCGGCGCCUGGAAUGCAGCACAAUUCCUCCAGCCUUUUUCCCGACGAGAUCCUGAACUUUGUCAAGACGCAUCCCUUGAUGGACGAGUCGGUCCCGUCAUUGGGCAACGCCCCUUGGAUCAUCCGGAGUGUGGCUCGGUACCAACUCCGGAAGAUUGUGGUGGACAAUGCAGCUGGACCGGGUCGGAAUUACACGGUCGUCUUUCUGGGCUCCGAUUCGGGAACCGUCCUGAAAUUCCUCAUCCGCGCCAACCUCAGCGCCAACUCGUCACCUGCUCGAGCCAGUAGCCACAGCUUGCUGCUGGAGGAAUUCGAGACCUACGCCAGUGACAAGUGCGGGAAGGACGCAACAGGCGAACGGAAACUGCUGAACAUGGAGCUGGACAAGGCUACGGGAUCACUGCUGUUGGCUUUCCCCCCCUGCGUUGUGCGGGCCCCCGUGGCCAGGUGCCACCAGCACUCCAUGUGUAUGAAGAAUUGUUUGGCCAGCAACGAUCCAUACUGUGGAUGGACACCUGAAGGGUCUUGUAUUUUUGUGGAACGCAACACCAGGCUGGCAUUCGAACAAGAUAUUGGUGGCAUCAAGACCUCUUACCUCGGUGACUGUGAAGGCCUGGUAACGGAAAGCUUUGUGGAUGAACCUAACGGGCUGGUGUCUGUCAACUUGCUGGUCAUUUCUUCUGUGGCUGCCUUCGUCAUCGGAGCCGUGAUCUCGGGCUUUAGCGUGUGCUGGUUCAUCGGACAUCGAGACCGUAAGGAACUGGCCCGCCGCAGAGACAAGGAAAACAUCCUCGCGCACGGAGAAUCCGUGGUCAGCGUCAGCCGGCUGGGAGAUCGGCGGUCUCGGGGACCCGGCGGCCAACCGGAGAACUUGUUGGCUCCGCUCAUGCAGAAUGGGUGGCCCAAAGGACUGAUUAAGAUGGGUCAGCAUGACCUCGAUUCAGGGGUACUCCCCACCCCGGAGCAGACCCCCUUGCAACAAAAGCGGUACCCCAAGCCGUGCAGCUGGGAAUACAGCCACAAUCUCAUUAACGCUUCCCUGCGCGGAGGAGAACCCCCGUCCUCAGUUAUCCUUCUCCACACGGGACACACCCCGGUGCCGUCGCACCUGAGUUCCGGACGAGUCAUCCCCAUUUCUUGCCAGUCCGUGUUGAUGGACCAAGAACUGGACAGCGAAGGAGCAGACCUCUCGCUAGACAUGCGUUAUCUCCCGGUUAGCGGUGGCGAGGGACCAAGAAGCAUCCAGUCACAGCCAGGCCCGCUGGCACAUCGACCUUGUGGGACUCGGAGCUCAUACGGCAGCGAGCUGCCGAUCACGCCGCACGACAGCCCGGAUCGGCGGCGGGUUGUAUCCGCUCCGACCGGGGACACGGGCAAUCAGUGGAAUCCUGAGAAGCUGAACUUCAAUAGUAACAGCAUGGGCAGCAAGGGAAGCGCUCACCUCAGGCGCACCCACACGUUCAACAGCGGGGAAGGUCAGACCACCCACGCCCGAGCCCAGCGGACAUCGACACCGGGACCUCAUCACACCCUCACAGACUACAGUCAUCUCUUGAAAUACAGUGGCGCAGAGCGGACUCCGUCUUCGGUCAAAUAGGGCUGGUCAGGGGUGUGUGGCUUGGCUUGGUAACCUUCUUCCUCACACGAGGGGUGGGGUUUUGCUGCAGAGAGGAAGAGGAGGAGGAGGAGGAGGAAGAGCAAAGCAGGAAAACGACAGUGAGAGAUGCUUGAUUCCCCCGUAGGUGGCCUGGAGGGACCGGAAUGCCCCACUUCCCAAGCGUUCCAGAUCUGCGCGAGAUACAAAAAAAGGAGGUUCUUUUCUUCGUGUGUGUGUGUGUGUGUGUGUUUUUGGGGUUCUCUUCAUCCUGGCGCUUCCUCAUUGGAUUCUUCCUUGCCUUUGCAAAACUCCUCCUCCUCCCUGAGGGGGUGGGCAGGUAGGGGCAGGCCCGGGCACUGCCCCACCCACCCGCAUGUGGGCAAAGGUACUGUGGGUAAGUCAGGAAGGAACAGCGAUCGUGAAACGAGCUGCAACGAUUAUCUGCUGCUAAGGAAAAAAGGAACAGGAAGGCUGCACAAAGCAUUGGGGGUAGUCCUCCUGGUUUCUUUACUCAUUCUCUCCCCCCCUUUUUUUUUUCUUUUUUCUUUUUCUUUUUGGCUCUGGAAGGGUGGGGGUGGUUCUGUUUCGGACUGUGAAAGAGUUCUCCAAAAAUUACCAUUGUCCGUUUUGUUUUUUUCCUCUUCCUGUUUUUGACGUGGUUCCAGCGGGUUCCACGCACGCCAACACGCACAGAAGUGAACCGCACUUCCUGAGCUCCUGCAGGGCUGCUGUUCCUCUCUAGGAACAAGAACUUUCUGGGGAGAAGAGACCCCCCACAACUCCCCUUCUCCUUGGUGCUACAUGUGGGUCCCAUCACUGCAAAAGUUGGACUCCAGUCACACCAGCUCAGAAUUCCUGGGUGUUCCACGGCCGGCGGAAAGGCUGAUUGUGAUGGGAGAGAAGUGGGUCAGGCUGGAAAAGUCACCCUAGCUUUCAGCAGUCCCGACUGGAAGCCCACCUUGAAAGGGUUUCCAGCUUUUUAAAAUGCCAUUUCUUACCAAGUCGCUUGGGUUGAGUUCGCACAACAUGCUAAAGCUGCCAAUCCCUGAACUCUUCUUUAGAGAACAAAAUUCUGGGUUUGCCCCACAGCCGGAAAGUAAACUAGCCAACCCUGUUUUAGCUGUGUUACGUGAACCAUUUAGAAGACAGAGGGUGCGUUGGCCAGCUUGGUCUGAUUCGAACAAGCUGUUUGUUGAAUGGGUUUUAUCAAAUUACAAAAGCGAGGAGGCGGAGGUACGCUGGUUUCACUCUGGGUUUCCAAAGGACUGGGACACUUUAGCAAGCCGUUUGCUGAGCCUUGGGAUGUCGGAAGGGAAGGUUGACUGCAGCUCCGUGUCCUGUCUCUGCACUCCAGGAAAGUGCUAUGCAUUCCUUGGAAGUUCUGUACGCUCCGUGGAAGGGCAUGCACGGAAGUGCCACGCACCUCAUAAAGGUUCCAUGCAAUCCGUGGAAGCCCUGUGCACUCUGUGAAAGAAAGUUCCGUGCGCUCCCUGAAAGUCCGGUGGGCUUCGUGGAAGUUCCACGCGCUCCGUGGAAGUUCUGUAAAAGUUCCAGGACUGUGACAUGGAUGGGAUUGUUUGGGGAUGUUCUAUAAACUGUGAGAGUUCAGUGCACUCUGUGGAGGUUCCAUGCUCUCCACGGCAAUUUCAUACACUCUGGAAGUUCCAUGCACUCCAUGGAAGUUCUGCGUACCUCAUGGCAAUUCCAUACACUCUGGAAGUUCCAUGCUCUCCAUGGAAAUUCUGCGCACUCAUGGCAAUUCCAUACACUCUGGAAGUUCCAUACACUCCAUGGAAGUUCUGCGCACCCCAUGACAAUUCCAUACCCUCUGUGAAGUUCCAUGCUCUCCAUGGAAGUUCUGCACACCCCAUGACAAUUCCAUACCCUCUGUGAAGUUCCAUGCUCUCCAUGGAAGUUCUGCGCACCCCAUGACAAUUCCAUACACUCCGUGGAAGUUCCAUGCUCUCCAUGGAAGUUCUGCGCACCCCAUGACAAUUCCAUACACUCCGUGGAAGUUCCAUGCUCUCCAUGGAAGUUCUGCGCACCCCAUGGCAAUUCCAUACACUCCGUGGAAGUUCCAUACUCUCCAUGGCAAUUCCAUACACUCUGUGGAAGCUCCAUGCACUCCGUGGAAGUUCUGUGCACUCCAUGGAAGUCCCAUGGAACUCUGACAGAACUGGCUUCCAUGGAGCUCCUUGGGCAGUCAAUAUUGUCUUCUGUCCUGUUCUUCCAUCUUCAUUCUUGGAUUUAGUUAUUUUUAAAGGAGAGCUUGGCAGCUGCAUACAGACGGUAGAAGGGAUGUGCAGAACCAAGGCAGAAGAUAAAGUAUCUUCUCUUUGAUAGUCACAAGGUUUUGCGUCCUGUACAGGAGAGCAGACUGUGUCCUCCCUUCCUUCCAGGAAGGCCCCUUUGGUCAUUCACACAACUUGCUUAAUCAUUCAUGGGACUUAACACAUCUGAAUGUCGGAGGCAUGGACUUCACAUGAGGUGGUUGGACAAGGGCGGGAACUCCCACCCGCCCCAGUACUUUCCCAAACCUCCGAUAGCUAAGCCCCCGCCGUAAUUCUUAAAGUGCACACCCCGUUUCUUUCUCAUUUGCAGAUGUAUACAUCCAGGGGUGGGCUUCAAAAAUUUUAGCAAGGGGUUCUCUGCCCGACUGCUGGGUGGCCGUGGCCUAGUCAGCCUCCUGCACCAUGAUUGGGGGGAGGGUUUGCCCUCCCUGGGCUCUGGAGGUUUUUCUUGAUCCCCUUGGAGGGCAAAAACAGCCUCCCCAGGCUCUGGAGGGCCUCUGGAGGGCCUCCAGAGCUCCUUCCCAAACUUCCGUUAGCCCUGUUUUUCACCCUCCCAGAGCCUCCGCAUGCACUGCCAAAAUGGGCUGAAUGGGGAGGAUCAGGGAGGGGUGGGCGGGGCCAGCCAGGAGUGGGAUUUGGGGGUUCUCCGAACUGCACAGAAUCUUAGCUAGAGGUUCUCCUGAACCCCUGCGGACCCCUAUAUACAUUAGGUACAAGAAAGAAACUCGGCGUACGACCACAAUUGAGCCCAAAAUGUCUGCGGCCAAGCGAGACAUCCGUUCUGUGAGUUUCGCUCCAUUUUACGAUCUUCCUUGCCACCGUUGUGGGGCGAAAGGCUGCCGCUGAUAAGUUAGUAAUCGCGGUUGUUAAAGGAAUCUGGUUUCCCCCCGUUGACUUUGGCUGUCAGAAGGUCGCAAAAGGGGAAUCGCGCGACACACGCCUACACCCCCGGGACUCUGCGAACGUCAUGCCUAUGAGUCAGUUGCCGAGCGUUGAAAUUUGGAUCGCGUGACCACGGGGAUGUAGCUGCCAUUGAAACUAUGAAAAGUGGUCGGUAAGUCACUUUUUUUCAGUGACGGUGUAACUUGGAAGGGUCACAACAGUUGUAAGUCGAGGACUACCUGUACUAGAGUCAUUCAAACAUCACUGCUUGAACCCAAAUCGCAGGUCUUAUCUGCUUUCAGUCAUGGUUGGUAGAGCCCUAAAGUCAGAAUUUCUCAACUUCAGUGACUUUAAAAGGGGUGGACUUCGACUCCCAGAAUUCCCCAGCCAGCACCCCUUGAAACAAUCAUAGAGAAUUAAAGGAGCGGCCCUUAUACAAGUAAGUCCUCGAUUUACAACAGUUCACUCAGAGAUCGUUCAACGGCACUGAAAAAAGUGACUGACGGCCAUUUUUUACGCUUAACAACCAUUGCCGCAUCCCCACAGUCGCGUGAUUGACAUUUGAAUGCUUGGCAACAGACGCACAUUUACGAUGGUUGCAUGUGCCGGGGUUGGGUGGGUCACGCGACCCCUUUUGUGAAAUCAAGGUGGGAAACCCAAUUCGCUUAAUGACCGUCUUACUAGCUUAACCACUGCCAUGAGUCGCUAAACCGAGUGGCAAGACAAGUCGUCCAACGGGGCUCAAUGGCGGUCGUACGUUGAGGACUACCUGAAUCUCCGUUGAGGCGGGUUUAACCCCAUUAGGACUAGGAGAUUGUGUGAAUUCAGCCGUUCCCUCCUCAACUGCCUCCCUCCCAGCCUUUGCUAACACAACUUCACAGCUUCGGUGGAUGCAAAGUUGUUUUCCCACAACUAUGUCCGCCUGUCCUUUCUGACAGUCGUCCUGGGAACUGACACAGCGGAAAGCAGGACCUCUCCACGCUAAGUUGUAAACCGAGGUUUCUCCUACCUCGCCAACUUUAAGACGUGUGGACUUCAACACCUUUAAAGUUGCUAGAGGUGGAGCCACAUUGAUCUAAACACCGACGGAAGGGAUUCGAACCAAUUUGGCAGGACCGUGCUUCCACCCCUGCGCGCAUUGGGGCUGCGUGAAACCUCCAUGUCUCAGGGCAGUGUAUCUCCACCGGGGGACAACAGCUGGGAACAGCAGGUGUGUACGGGUGGGUUUUUAACCUUUUACCCUCCCACCCCAUCCUUAGUGAGUGUCCCACCAAGGGUAUCAGAUGGACCACUGUAGGAACGGGAUUGAUCGGAUCUAUUUCAAUAUCUUGAGUUUUGGGUAAAACAGAAGGAAGUCAUUUUUUGGGGGGGGGAUGCAGAUUAACCUGGUGGAAUUUGGGCGGGGAUGAACCCCGCCCCCAGGUUUUCAUGUUCGACGGGAGGGGGUGAUUGUAGCUCUAUCGUGGGCUCAGAGGUUGUCGUCGACCCUGAAUUUCUUCCCCGCCCCUCCCCGGGCAACGGCCCUUCCCCCAUGGAGACGAGAAAGCACACUGUAUAUAUAUAAAGUGUGGGGCGCAUGUGGCCUUUGGGGGGAAGGGGGUCUCGUAGAAUGCAAGUUAUCCCACCCACUCACCCACCCUCCAACCAACCUGGUCAUUUUUUUCAUCUUUGUGUUCCUGCAUGCAAUAGCAGUAACAGAUUCUCUGUAUCACUCAAGAGAGCAAAAUCUCCCUUCCAAUAAAACCUUGUUUACAACA